AAUAGCUGCUAAUCUGGGAAGGGCGGGACACAGAAACCAAGGAGGGUGGUUUAGAAACUACAGCCUUGGGGCAGGGUCUCAGGAGCUUUUCUGCCAGGACUAAGGUCCCAGCCUAACAAGGGAGCCCAGGGCAAUACCGCUACCUCUCCACCAACCAAUUAUGAGAAAGCCCUCUCCCCAAAUUCUGCCUAUUGCAGACUCCCCCCAAAGCCAUCCAGAGAUUUAAGGGAUUUUGGACAGGAGUCACCUGUUCUUGCUCGGCACCACAAUAAACCUUCCUCUGCUGCAAGCUUCAACCUCACCAUGUGUCAUGCACACAGACUUGCAUUCAGUAACAAGACCCUUGAAGGAGCUGAGGGGUGAGCCAGGCCCGUCCACCCAGGGACCCCACCUCACUCCCCUGGGCAAUAGCCCUGGGCUCAGGGAGGACCUGCCACUGGAAUGGUUAACCCACAGCAACACCUCUGCCAGCCAAUCACAGGGCCCCACAGGAAAUGCCUGGAGAGCCUUGCCAGGCGGGCCGUCCCGGCCCAGCCCCAGUCCCACAUCAGGCAGCUCCUGCGGCCCGCAGCCACCCAGGCGAGCACGGCCUACCCUGAGCUCAGGGCACCGGGCAGCUGCAGCAUGGCACUCCUGGGCCAGCCCGGGCUGGGUCUGCUGCUGGCUGUGCUGGCCGCGCUGGUGGCGUCGGGGACAGCGACCCCCCCUGCUCGUCUGCUGACCCUGCUGUCCUCGGGCCAGGGCGCUCUGGACCGUGUGGCGCUGGGCGGCCUGUUAAAUACACUGGCGGACCGUGUGCACUGUGCCGACGGGCCGUGUGGAAAGUGCCUGUCUGUGGACGACGCCCUGGCUCUGGGCAGGCCUGAGCAGCCCGGGGCCCCCUCGGGCCCAGCCCUGGAGCCCAGGCACAUCGCCCGCCUCAGUGCCGCCGCUACCCUCUACCUCAGCGACCCGGCAGGCACCUGCACCGAGGUCCAGGCUGGCCGCUUGGCUGCCCGCGCCGAUCAGCUCCUGGUCCUGCUCGAGAGCCCUCAAGCCCUGAGCCCGGCCCUGACCAGGCUGCUGCAGCGGAUCCAGGCCCACGCUGCUGGCCAGCCCGCUCCUCAGCAGGCCUGUGUGGACCUGCCUCAGCUGCUGGCGGAGGCGGCAGGGGUGGGGGCUCCCGGCAGCCCCGGCCCGGUGCUGGCUGCCCUGCUGGACCAUGUCAGGAGCGGCGCCUGCUUCCAUGCCCUGCCAACUCCCCAGUACUUCGUGGACUUCGUGUUCCGGCAGCACAGCAGCGAGAACCCCAACAUCACCCUGGACGAGCUGGCGGCCUUGAUGGAGCGCCUAGGGCUGGGCGGAGCGACGGAUACCCACGACAGCCACAGCGAAGACAGUCCUCUGGGAAAGGGCCAGGGCCCUGUGCUCCUUGCCGCCCCCAACAGCAGUGCCAGCGCAUGGGACACGCUGUGCCUGAGUGCUCGAGACGUCAUGGCUGUGUACGGAAUGUCUGAGCAGGCCGGGGUGACGCCGGACGACUGGGCCCGACUGAGCCCGGCUCUGCUCCAGCAGCAACUCAGCGGGGCCUGCGCCCCUCAGCCCACGCUCCCCACCCAGGACCGGCUCAACCAGGCCGAGAGGUACCUGUACGGCUCCCUGGCCACGCUGCUGACCUGCCUGUGCUCCCUCUUCGGGCUCGUGCUCCUCAGCUGUGCCAGAUGUAGCACCACGUCCCACUACGUCAUCCAGGUCUUCCUGAGCAUGGCUGUGGGCGCGCUCACCGGUGACGCCCUCCUGCACUUGAUGCCUAAGGUGCUGGGGCUGCACGCCCAUGACGGGGAGGACCCUGGUUUCCAGCCCACCUGGCACCUCCUAGCUGUGCUGGGUGGGCUCUAUGCCUUCUUCCUGUUCGAGAGCCUCUUCAACCUCUUGCUGCCCCUGGACCCUGAGGACCCAAAGGAUGGGGCCUGCAGUCAUGGCCACAGUCACGGCGGCCACAGCCAUGGCAUGUCCCUGCAGCUGGCGCCCAGCAACCUCCGGCAGCCGAAGCAGCUCCACGAGGGCUCUCGCGCAGACCUGGUGGAGGAGGAGAGCCCCGAGCUGCUGAGCCCGGAGCCCCGGAGACUGAGCCCAGAGCUGAGACUGCUGCCCUACGUGAUCACGCUGGGCGACGCGGUGCACAACUUCGCCGACGGGCUGGCAGUGGGAGCCGCCUUUCUGUCCUCCUGGAAGACGGGGCUGGCCACCUCGCUGGCCGUGUUCUGCCACGAGGUGCCCCACGAGUUGGGGGACUUCGCAGCCCUGCUGCACGCGGGGCUGUCGGUGCGCCGCGCGCUGCUCCUGAACUUGGCCUCGGCGGUCACGGCCUUCAUCGGCCUCUACGUUGCGCUCGCGGCCGGCGUAGGCGAAGACGGCGAGACCUGGAUCCUGGCGGUGGCCGCCGGCCUCUUCCUCUACGUGGCGCUCUGCGACAUGCUCCCGGCCAUGCUGAACCUGCGCGACCAGCGGCCCUGGCUCCUCUUCUUGCUCCACAACGUUGGCCUGCUGGGCGGCUGGACCGUCCUGCUGCUGCUGUCGCUUUAUGAGGAUAACAUCGCCUUCUGAGAGCUUCUGCCCCCUCGGCCCUUGGCUCUGCCUCCUGACCCUGGGCUCUAGCAGCCCUUCAGAUGGGAUAUCUUCCGGAUCGCCCCAGACCCUCCCCUGCGCCCCAGUUCACAGCUUCAAUAAAUGCUCUUGUCCUUGGA